CCGCGAUCUAACCAGUUAGCGCGUGCAUUCCGGGCCCGACAUUAGCGCGGUGUGUUUGCCUCGUGCUCGAAAUUAUCGUAAACACAAUCUUUAUUGACCAUUUUUAUUAUUAUUGCGUCGUAACAAUAACCAUUAUUUUUAAUAUUGAAUGACUGUUUCCCACACAUUUAGUGACGAGUUUAAUAAAAUUCACGAUGUUGUUAUUAUCGUUGUGCUUCAUUUAAAAUAAUAAUAAUAACACCUAUAAUAUAAGAAACAACAAACAAUUUUGUGCUUGUGAACUAUAAGUGACUUGUGUGUUAAAAUUUGGUUUUUCGCUUAGAGAAGGACGUCCCUCAAUUCGUUGAGGGAUCAAAAAUAACCGGUCAAAAUUAACGCGACAAUAAUGAACUCCUAUUUCGAACAAAGUGGCUUCUACGGAAGCCACCACCACCAGGGCACCGGCGCCGUGACGGGCGCCCAUCACCACGAUCACCAAAGCGUCACCGCCGCCGCCUACAGAUCGUUUCCUCUCAGCCUCGGCAUGUCAUCACCGUACGUAUCGAGCCAGCAUCAUCACGCACAUUCGCUGCACCAGGCCCGACCGCCGCAAGACUCUCCCUACGACGCUUCAGUAGCAACCGCCUGCAAAUUGUACUCGUCGUCGUCGGACGGCCAGCAAAACUCCGGCAAUUACAGCUCGUCGAACGCGAAAUCGGACUGUUCGAAGGUAAACGCGGAUCAGAACGGAUACGCUUCCGUGGUGGCGGCGGCGUCGGCCGUCAAAGACGUUUGGAGUGCGACCUCCGGUGCCGGUGCGAAUCUCACCAACAGCCUCGCCGGGCCCGUGCGUCCGGCCGCGUGCACGCCGGACUCCAGGGUGGGCUACGGCUCGUCGGUCGGCCUCGUCGGCGGCGAUCCGUCCACCAGCCCCGGAGCGGCGACGGGCGCCAGGACCGCCAACUCGUUGUCGUCGUGGAACAGCCCGUGCUCGUUGAACUCAUCGUCGACGCAACCCGUUGGAACGCAAAUCCACCAGCAGACGAAUCACACGUUUUACCCGUGGAUGGCAAUAGCAGGAGGCGGUAUUCUAGGAGCAAACGGUCUGAGACGAAGAGGCCGACAAACGUAUACGCGAUAUCAAACGCUAGAACUCGAAAAAGAAUUCCACACGAAUCACUACCUGACGCGGCGGAGACGCAUCGAAAUGGCGCAUGCGUUAUGUUUGACGGAACGACAGAUAAAAAUCUGGUUUCAAAAUAGGCGCAUGAAACUGAAAAAAGAAAUUCAAGCCAUUAAAGAACUCAACGAACAAGAAAAACAGGCGCAGGCGCAGAAAGCGGCGGCACAGGCCGCAGCGCAAGUGAUAGAACAAAACUAGUGGCUGCCGGAGGAAAUUUCUACGGAGGAGCAACCCAUCCUACUCACCUAAGGUGAAUAUUACAAUAUUAUUUUUGAUUGUUUUUUAUUAAUUUUUCUGGUAGUAAAUUAUCUACCAAAUUACCAUGAUAUAAUAUUUUAACGUUAACAGUAUACAAUUAGUUAUAUACGAUUAUUGUACCUAUUGAUUUUGUUCUUCGAAUUCUUAUUCACUAUAAAACAAUUA